CCCAGGAGCUGCGGACUACAGCUCCCAGGCCUUCUUCAAGUCCCUACCGCACAAGCUUAGAGCCCCAUCCCCGGAGGAGGUGGCUACAUUGUGUCUAUUGUAUCCCUUAUCUGGUGUUUUUGGACAUUUAUCGGGACCUGAAAUUGAGAGUGAAAAGCAUGGCUGAUGAACAAGAAAUCAUGUGCAAAUUGGAAAGCAUUAAAGAGAUUAGGAGUAAAACCCUGCAGAUGGAGAAGAUCAAGGCCCGUUUGAAGGCUGAGUUUGAGGCCCUUGAGUCAGAGGAGAGACACCUGAAGGAAUACAAGCAGGAGAUGGACCUUCUGCUACAGGAGAAGAUGGCCCAUGUGGAGGAACUCCGAUUGAUUCAUGCUGACAUCAAUGUGAUGGAGAACACCAUCAAACAGUCUGAGAAUGACCUAAAUAAGCUGCUGGAGUCUACCCGACGGCUGCAUGAUGAGUAUAAGCCACUGAAGGAACAUGUGGAUGCCCUGCGCAUGACCCUGGGCCUGCAGAGGCUCCCUGACCUGUGUGAAGAGGAGGAGAAGCUCUCCUUGGAUUACUUUGAGAAGCAGAAAGCAGAGUGGCAGACGGAGCCCCAGGAGCCCCCCAUCCCUGAGUCCCUGGCUGCUGCAGCCGCCGCCGCCCAGCAACUCCAAGUCGCUAGGAAGCAGGACACUCGGCAGACAGCCACCUUCAGACAGCAGCCUCCACCUAUGAAGGCCUGCUUGUCUUGUCACCAGCAAAUUCACCGAAAUGCACCAAUAUGCCCUCUGUGCAAAGCUAAGAGCCGGUCCCGGAACCCCAAAAAGCCAAAACGGAAGCAAGAUGAAUGAAGAAAGGGAGAGCACGUGGAGCUCUGCUCCUCAUAACCCUUCCCCUUGGCCAGAGUGAUUGAUGUUCUGAUGUGAAACAACACUAACCCACCCCCACCAAGUCUCCUAUUUAAUGUGAUGGAAGCACAACCCCUCUCUCAGUUUCUUCUUAUUUCUUUCUGCUCUUAGGAUU